GCGGCGGCGUCUCGGGGUCUGGACGCUGAUGCCACCGGUCGGUCUGGUAUGGAGGCGGCGCGCUGCGCACCCGGACCCCGCGGGGACAGUGCCUUUGAAGAUGAGACCCUGAGACUUCGGCAGCUGAAGCUGGACAAUCAGAGGGCACUGCUGGAGAAGAAGCAGAGAAAGAAGCGCCUUGAGCCACUCAUGGUACAGCCAAACCCAGAAGCCAGGCUGCGAAGGUUAAAGCCAAGGGGUAGCGAGGAGCACACGCCUUUGGUGGACCCUCAGACACCGGGCAGCGAUGUCAUCCUACAUGGCAUCGAUGGUCCAGCUGCGUUCUUCAAGCCGGAGGCUCAGGAUUUGGAAAGCAAGCCUCAAGUUCUCUCAGUGGGCUCCCCUACCACAGCAGAAGGCGGCACCGAAGGAAGUGCAGAUGGGGCAAGCCCUGUGGAGACAGCCUCCAAGCCAGACCUUCAGGAGAUUCUCCAAAAACACGGCAUCUUGAGUAGUGUGAACUAUGACGAGGAGCCUGACAAGGAGGAAGAUGGGGACAACCCCAGCUCCCCAUCAGCUCGUUCAGAGAAGGAGAGUGCUGCAGCCAGCCAGAAAGCAGCCUCGGAGACAGGAGCUUCCGGUGUGACAGCCCAGCAGGGUGAUGCCCAGCUCGGAGAAGUAGAGAAUUUAGAGGACUUUGCGUAUAGUCCUGCCCCUCGGGGUGUCACAGUAAAGUGCAGAGUAACCAGGGAUAAGAAGGGCAUGGACCGCGGCCUCUUCCCCACCUACUACAUGCACCUGGAGAAAGAGGAGAACCGCAAGAUAUUUCUUCUAGCUGGUAGGAAGCGGAAAAAGAGCAAAACAUCAAACUACCUGGUCUCCACAGACCCGACAGACUUGUCUCGUGAAGGGGAAAGUUACAUCGGCAAACUCAGAUCCAAUCUCAUGGGGACCAAGUUCACAGUGUAUGACCAUGGUGUCAACCCAGUCAAGGCCCAGGGUCUGGUGGAGAAGGCCCACACCCGACAGGAGCUGGCUGCCAUUUGCUAUGAAACAAAUGUUCUCGGUUUCAAAGGCCCUAGGAAAAUGUCUGUGAUCAUUCCAGGGAUGAAUAUGAAUCAUGAACGCAUCCCAUUUCGACCACGAAAUGAGCAGGAGAGCUUGCUUUCAAAAUGGCAGAACAAAUCCAUGGAGAACCUGAUCGAACUGCACAACAAGGCCCCGGUGUGGAACGAUGACACCCAGUCCUACGUCCUGAACUUUCACGGCAGAGUCACCCAGGCGUCUGUGAAGAACUUCCAGAUAGUCCACGGGAAUGACCCCGACUACAUAGUCAUGCAGUUCGGCCGCGUGGCUGACGACGUCUUCACGCUGGACUAUAACUACCCACUGUGUGCACUCCAAGCCUUCGCCAUCGGGCUGUCCAGCUUUGACAGCAAGCUGGCGUGUGAAUGAGAAGCAGCAAGCAGGGGAUUCCUUCACCACAGAGCCUUCAGGAGCAGAAAGCUGCUGCCCCUGCCCCUGCCCCUGCCCCUGCCCCUGCCCCUGCCCCUGCCCCUGCCCCUGCCCCUGCCCCUGCCCCUGCCCCUGCCCCUGCCCCUGCCCCUGCCCCUGCCCCUGCCCCUGCCCCUGCCCCUGCCCCUGCCCCUGCCCCUGCCCCAGCACAAGAAGAGUGACAUUCUGCCCCCCCCCCCCCCCGGGAAUGAUCGAGUGUGUGUGUGAAUGUGCAUGUGUGUGUUUAUACAUUCAUACACAUACACACGUGAAUGCAUGUGUCCACACACUCGUUCAUGCCUUCUCUGAACUUGAGAGACCUGGUCAUAGAUUACAGCUUCUCAUGGGUGAGAGAUCAGAGUGUAAGAUAUGGGAGAUAUAGACACCCGGGCACACUGGUGUCUCCUGACUGUACCACAGAUUCUGUGUGGUGACUGUAGCUUCCAUGUGCUUGAGCACUUCCAACAGAAUCAGGUUCUAAUGAUUAAAUACUUGGGCCUCCUUUUUUUGAAGACCCAUUCAAAAGGGGGCUAUUCCCUCAGAUGCCUUUAGCCCGGGAGCCUGCAGACUUUCUCAGCCAGUGAUCUCAUAGUGUCUCUUGCACUGACUUCAGUCAGCUUCUUUAGCACAAAAACAGCCAUAACUAGUUGGUGCACAAAGAGUGUAGCUGUGUCCCAGUAAAACUUUAUUUACAAAGAGGGCAUUGGCCUACUUUGGCCUGUGACUCUGCUUUGCAGGCCUGCCUUGGGUCAUGUCCCUGUCCUCCAAGGCUGGAGCAUCUUCCAGAACACAAGUGGAGAGAGGGCGUGGUUUACUUUUCAGUAGCCAUAGACUGACUUUAUUUUUAUUUUUUUUAUUUUUCCCAUGGAUCUCUGUGUAGCCCUGGCUGUCCUGAAACUUGUUCUGUAGACCAGGCUGGCCUCAGAGAUCCACCUGCCUCUGCCUCCCAAGUGCUGGGAUUAAAGGGGUGUGCUACUGUGCCUGGCAACAGACUGACUCUUAAGAGGAAUUCUUGCUGGAUCUACUCUUGGUAGCUUUUGCCUCACUGAGAUUAUGGCUGUAGAGUGUCAUCUGCCAUCACGGGGCAUAUGACACUAACUUGUUUGUGGGUCUGAAAGGCUCUGCUGUCCCAGCCUCCCUCUUGCUUGUCCUCAGAGUGGGUUGGUAGGCAGCCAUCUCAGAAUCAUGACUGUGGCCAGGUCUCUGGAAUCCUCACUCUCCAGCAUCUUAAUCUAGUGUCUUGUCAGAGGCAGCAAGAGUCUUGGUGAGAAGGCCGCCUGGCUGACACUCCACAGGCCUUUGCUGUCAGCUUUGUCCUCCAGCCUCGAAGCCUGGGCCCACAUCAGUGCAGACACUGCCCGGCACACUGAGGCUUUGAGAUCAUGAACGUCUGCCAGCAAAUUAUGACAAAUUCCUCAAGCUCCCCAGCCUACCAUGUACCUGAACUUGAGAAGUCAAAAACUUUAGGUAUACCCUCAGUGGUCCCCCACUCCCAAACCGCUUCCCAGAAUGGGUGAAGGGUCGCUGGCGACCGCUCCAUGGUUUUGCCUGUGUGGAGGAGGUCCCUUCAUCCCUGCGUCCCCUUGCUCCCUGCUCAGCAUCACACAGCUGCGUGAUGAUGGCGUGAGAUCUGGAAGGUCAGGCCUGUGCUAACCCAGUGUCUUGCCUGUCCUUUCAGAAGUCAUUGUUCUGCCUCAGGCAUGCUUCCCAUUAAGUGCCUUGUUCAUAGAUGUGCUCCGAAACCUGACACACCUCUGCUGCCCACUUUCCCUGGCAAAGCCACCCUUGUUGAGCUGAAAGCUGCUCAUUCCUUUCCACUUAAAGGGGGUGGGGCUACGGGCCACCGGGUCUGACCUUUCUGUCCAGCUUAGAGAGCUGUAUGAUCCCAUUUCACGGACUCUGAGCUUGAGUGUGCAGGUUUUACAUGAAUCCUGUUUAUACCUUUUGUAUGGCAUAUAAAUAAAGAUAAUUUAUAUAAA